AUGUCAAAGAAAUGUGAUGAUAGACGUCCAAAUGGUGUAACACCAAAAUACAGUUUGAAACCUCUUAUGCCAAGGUUGUGUGAGCUUCUUGGAGUUGAGGUUAAAAUUGUUGACGAUUGUAUUGGUGAGGAAGUUGAGAAGUUGGUUGCACAAAUUCCAAAAGGUGGUGUUUUGCUUCUAGAGAAUGCGAGGUUCCACAAGGAAAAAGAGAAGAAUGAUCCUGAAUUUGCAAAGUUGGCUUCCCUUGUUGAUCUCUAUGUGAAUGAUGCAUUUGGAACUGCCCAUCGUGCUCAUGUUUCGACCGAAGGUGUCACUAAAUACUUGAAGCCCUCUGUUGCAGGCUUCUUAUGCAGAAGAGAAAUUGACUAUCUAGUUAGAGCCGUUGCAAACCAAAAGAAACCUUUUGUUGCUAUUGUUGGUGGGUCAAAGGUGUCUUCCAAGAUUGAUAAUCCUGUUAUUUCAAUGUUUAUAAUUCAGAUAUUUGGAGACUCAAAACCAUUCGAAGAUGAUGAAAUGAUGAAUGUCCGACAACGUUGUGCAAACUUGAUUCUUGAACUAAUAGAAAAUGUUUGA